UUGGAAUAAAUAGCGGCCUUGCACCGCACCGAGACUCACACUGCAGCCGACCAUCUUUUGUCGCAAUGUUUCUCCUUGCAGGACUUGUUGGCUUUCUGCUGGCCCUCAGAGCUGAGGCUGAAUAUGGAGAGUACUCUGAGAUGUCGUACUGUACCGAGACAGAAGAAUGUCUGAUGUUCGACCUGGUCUGCGAGACUCCAUACUACCAGGUCCGCCACUACAAGGCCAUGAAGUGGGUGACCACCACAGAGAGAUCCUUCCUAAUGGAAUUCGCCACCAUGAAGGCAUUCAAGCGUCUCUACAAAUACAUCGACGGUGAAAAUGAGAACGGACAAAAGAUUGAAAUGACCGCACCUGUGAUCGUCAAGAUGGUUGACAAGAAGUUUUGGGAAAUGGGCGAAUACACGGUGAGCUUCCUGCUGCCCAUGGAACAUCAGGCCAAUCCUCCCAGACCCAAGGACAGCAAGGUGGUGUUCUAUAAUUCAGAAGACACCAACAUGUACGUGAGCAGCUACGGAGGCUGGAUGACUUCGGUGUGUGACUACAACGAAGCUUACAAACUGAAGAAGUACCUGAUGUCAGAUGGCGCUUACUUCAAAAAGGACUGCCACUACGGGGCCGCGUAUAACAGCCCCAUGACCUUGUGGAAUAGACACAACGAGGUGUGGUUCCCCGCCAUGGGGGAUCCGGUGUGUUCCAGCAGCGAGGAAAUGGAGACUCCUUACCCGACCCGAAUGGGACCGGCAUGAAGCCCCGUUGACGUCAUCACACAACAAUGCAGGAAAAAAGGCGCGCUGUCCCUUUAAGACGUCGUAGGAUAAUAUGAAGGGAUCACAUUUUUUAGCACUAUGUUUGAAAAGGAAAGUUCAAAGUUGUUCUCCAAUUCAUUCAAUAAAGUACGAGUA